UCCCCUCUUGAUUCAAACGACUCGACCUUAGCGGUUAUGCAGUUGUGUUACUUCAGUUGUUGGCCAAAUCUAUUCAACUAAACAUACCAACCACAAAGCCCCACCCAAAAAAUAUUAAAAACCCACCACGACCUCCACUUGGGGGAGAGAGAGAGAGAGAUUGAAAAGGAGAAAUAUUGAAAAUAGCUUCUCUUCUUUCAUAUGCAGGUACCCUUCUGAGAGAAUCCAUUCCCAAUCUCCCAUCUCAAUGGAAGAGAGACCAUCAGUUCCUAUGGAGAUAACAGGAAAGAUCAUCAGGAGAUCAGUCUACACCUUCCUCAAGAACUACCACUACUUCACCUCAACAGCAGCAGUUAUUGUAUUCCCUGCCUCUGUUUCAAUUCUCCUCUCUCAAUCAACACUUGUACCACCCUUCCCUCUCCUUUCAGUCAUCUAUCUUCGUCUUCAAUCACUCUUUUCUGUUGCUGGAUUCCCACCCUCAUCACAGUUCAUCUCACUACUCAAUCUAAAGUUAUCUCAAACCCUCUCUUCCACAAUUUUAUCUAUCCCUUUCACCCUCUCCUUCCUCCUACUAGCGAAAGCCUGUGUAAUUGAUGCUCUCCACCACCACCACCACCACCAACACAACAAGUUAUCUCUUCAAUCUUCCUUUUCUUCUUUCCUAUUUCUUUAUAUUCCCCUCCUCAUAACCCACAUAUGCAACUCCUUUGUUAUCCUCUCAGCAAACGCAGGGAUGGAGAACUGCAGUGGGUUUCUAGCAAUCCUCAAGGCAUGUAUGCUGAUCAGAGGAAGGGCCUCAACCGCACUUUCUCUGGCUCUCCCUAUCAAUCUAGGACUGGCCUUUGUGGAAGCUCUGUUUCAGUACCGAAUCAUAAGAGUGUAUAAUCAUUCUGAUAGGCUCAGUCCCUCCACACCCUUGGAGGGGAUUUUCAUUGCAUAUUUGUACUCCCUCUUCAUUAUCCUGGACAUCAUUGCAAACUGCAUGCUAUUCAAGAGUCUCAAAUCAAGUUCUCAUAUGGACCUUGAGAGCAGAAAUGUUUACCAUGAAGUGAUUCCGGGGGAAGAAGACUGCAGCAGUAUAACAUACUCGAAGAAUUAGCAAGAACUGCCCUGAAGAGCUUUGUUAUGGACUCAUUUUUCUGUUUAGUAUCGACUGAGUCUUUCUUCUUGUAGAUGGAUACUCUGUAAACAGUUUCAUUUUUUUCAUUAUCAGAGGCUUUUGUUUCUUUUCUUUGGAUGGUUUUAAAUCCUUUGUAAUGAAACACAUUCCAGGGGCCUAAACACCCACCGAAAAGAGUAAGUUACUAUACUGUAGAAAGUGCAAGAAUGCCAAUGCCAGAUUUAUGACACAAUUAUUAUCAAAUAACGAAAUAGUUCAAACA